UCUCGGCUGUGGCCGCUGCCUAGCGGGCCAAUCGGAAGGCGCAGAGUACCGCGCUCCACGUCCUCUGAUUGGAAGAUUCAGACUCAAAAGUCCGCUUUCAAAUCUUUAACGGGUAGCGAGGUGAGUUGCAGCAGCUGGAGGGGUAUUGCACUGGCUGUACGGACUGGAGCCCCAGAGAUAGGGAGAAGGUGGGCAGCCUUGGCCCUCUUGUACAUCCUUCUCGGGCUUUAGCACCCGCGUCAGGCUCCGGUGAAGUGACCGACCCAAGAUCACUCAAUUACUGAGAGCUAGAAUUGGAACUCAGGUUUUCUGGUUUCCAAGCAUGUGGUUACCUUAAGACCAGAAGAUUUAUACCCAUGCCAAGUCCUGCUUGUUUCUUCUAAGACGGCUAUUGGCAAAAGGUUGCAUUCCAGUCUUUCAGAUAAUUUGGGAGAGGUUACACUGGGCUUUCACUCCCAGCCUGAGGGCAAGUGGACCCGAAGACUGACAGACAGUGGUUGCACCAGCUAGAGGGACUUGCUUCUGAAUAAAGAAGUAGCUGCCACGAUGUCCCAGAGCAAAGCCUCUUAUACCUUUGAUGCUCCAACGGCCUUCAUCAAUUUCACGUCUUUGAAUAAUGAAGAUGUGUAUAAUGUGGACUCCUGGUUUGAGGAGAGGGCCAAUUUGGAGAAUAAGCCUCCUGAAGAUGAAGAAGCACCAGGGCCCUCCUAUAGGAAGACACCUUUGAGAAAGGCCCAUGUACCCCAAGCAGUUGUCAUGCCUCUGAGAUCAGUUGCCAACACUUAUGUGGAAACAGAGAAUCCGUCAGAAGAAUGUGCUCCAUCAACUGCUUGCGACUCACUAGGCUUCCAGGAAACUACAUCCAAAAAUGCCCCUGUUUUGGGAUCCCUUGUUCCAGGCCAGUCCCAAAGGGUGACUAGGAACUUGUCUGCCCAGAAGAAGUUGGAACAGCGGCAGAAACAUCAGCUCAGAAUGAAAGCAGAAAGACACCCUGUUUCCGUGGUCAGUGAUGAAAUGCCUCCCUCCAAGAAAAUGAAAGUCACUGAGGGCAAAAGUAAGCCCAUGGAAGGUAGUGCUUCCAAAAAUUUUGCCCAGAAGAGUGAGCCUUCUCUGGGACGACCCGCAGGCAGAAUAGCUGUGUCUUGCACACCACCCAUAAGGAAGAAGGUUCUGAAAAGUACAGAAGAACAAGAGUUGGAGAAGAGACUCAAGAUGCAACAGGAGGUGGUAGAGAUGCGUAAGAAGAAUGAAGAGUCCUUGAAAAUAGCUCUAGCAGGGCAGCCUCUGAAGAAAACAGUCAGCCAAGUAACCAAGUCAGUUGACUUCCACUUCCACACAGAUGAUAGGAUCAAACAGCACCCGAAGAACCAGGAAGAAUACAAAGAGGUGAAUUUUACAUCUGAACUUCGGAAGCAUCCUCCAUCCCCGGCCCGAGUAGGCAAGGGACCUACCAUUGCCAAGCCUUUCAAUUUGUCCCAAGGAAAGAAAAGACCUUUUGAAGAAACAGCCUCUACUUAUGUCCCUCUGGCACAGCAAGUUGAAGCUUUCCAUAAACGAACACCCACUAGGUACCACCUGAGGAGCAAGAAAGAUGAUGAGGGUCUGUUACCCUCCAAACCAUCAGUGCUCAAGAUAACAAAUCCACAGACUCCUGUAUUUAAAACUAAGCAGCGCACAAGGCCUGUAACGUGCAAGAGCACAGCCGAGUUGGAAGCAGAGGAACUUGAGAAAAUCCAACAAUACAAAUUCAAAGCCCGGGAACUUGACUCUAGAAUCCUUGAAGGUGGGCCUAUCUUACUAAAGAAACCUCCUGUAAAGCCACCCACUCAGGCUAUUGGGUUUGACUUGGAAAUUGAGAAAAGGAUACAGGAACGAGAGGCAAAGAAGAAGUCAGAAGAAGAUCACUUUGAGUUUCAUUCUAGGCCUUGUCCUACCAGGAUCUUGGAAGAUGUUGUGGGUAUUCCGGAGAAGAAAAAGCUCCCUACCACAAUCCCCAGAUCUCCUGCCUUUGCCCUGAAGAACAGAGUCCGUGUACUCACCAGAGAAGAUGAGGAAGAAGAAGAACCAACAGUGAUCAAGUCUCACCCCAUGCCACACUAUGGGGUGCCCUUUAAGCCUCGAAUACCAGAGCAGAGAACUGUGGAGGUUUGCCCCUUCUCCUUUGAUUCCCGGGACAAAGAGCGGCAGUUACAAAAAGAGAAGAAAGUAAAAGAGCUACAAAAAGGAGAGGAUCAGGUUCCUAAAUUCAAGGCACAGCCUCUGCCUCAGUUUGAUACUAUUAGCCUACCAGAGAAGAAGGUGAAGACUCUAACCCAGCUUGAACCUUUCCACCUGCAGACAGAUGAGAGAGGAGCUCUUAAGGCUCAGACUUGGAAGCAGCAGCUUGAAGAAGAUUUAAAGCAGCAGAAAGAAGCAGCUUGCUUCAAAGCUCGUCCAAACACCGUCAUCCAUCAGGAGCCCUUUGUUCCCAAAAAAGAAAAAAAACCAACAUCAGAGGACCUUUCUGGUUCCAUAGUUCAGGAACCUUUUCAGCUGGCAACAGAGAGGAGAGCCAGAGAACGGCAGGAAUUUGAGAAACAGAUGGCUGAGGUUGAAGCGCAGAAAGCCCAGAAACUCGAGGAGGCCAGGCAGCGGGAAGAGGAGCAGAAGAAGGAAGAACUCGCAAAACUGCGACAAGAAUUGGUACACAAGGCGAAUCCUAUCCGAAGAUACCAGGGUGUGGAAGUGAAGCCCAGCGAGCAGCCCUUGACCUUACCAGUAUCUCCCAAGUUUUCAACGAGAUUCCAGUGUUAAACCACAGCUUCCUGUGUUUGUGUGUGCUCUUUCCUUUCCUGGGAGGUAGAGGCACGGUUCACUACCCAAGUCUAGAGUCUUUUUGUGAU